UGUGCCCGAUUGCGCACGGUUAAGGCAGUCUGACAGAAGGCAAAAGCGGGUCAAGUUAUCCUCAAUAAUGGAGGUCUUGGUGAAAGCAGCAGUGGCAGAGAUAUCCAAACUAGUCGAUGACAAAUGUGCGUUUUUGCAUCUCGAAAUAUCCCGAAAGCAAACCGAGAAUGAGAUGCUGAAGAGGAAAGUGCUAAUGCUGGAGAACAAAAACGCACAGCUGCAGCGCGGGUUCGGAAACUACAUGGACCGAGGAACUGAUGUGGGGAGUGAUUGUCCACAUCCCAUAGGAGGUAUUAAGUUUCCUGAGAUCGAGGAUGCUGCUGUUUCCUUCACAAUUAAAGAAGAGAGUCCAGAUGAGCCACUGUGGAUCAGUGAUUCUGCUGGAGCCAUUGGCUCUGCUGUACAGUACCCUAGUCAACCUAAUGCUCCAGAGAACCAGCAGUUUGAAGAGGAUGGUCAGUUAAACCAUUCAGAGGUUGCCAGACAGAAGCCCUCAGAGUACAGCGACUCGUAUAACUCAGGUCAGCACACAGGAGACUUGGCUGGCCUUCAGUUCACCGUGAAGACUGAGGAGGAGCAGCGAACACGAUUCAGUCAGGAUGGAUGCCAGCACAGCGCAGGGAAGCAGAGUCAACUGGCUGCUGACUUUUCCAUGGAUGAAAGAGAGAACCAGCUGUGGUCAUCCAUACUCGAAGGCAAUGACAUUGACGCUGGUUUUCCUGACUUUUCUAGUGUGGUGGAGGAGUAUUCCAACACAUUCACUGACCAUUCAGAUGCACACGUGGUUUCUAACGCUAGCAAGUCGGGUAGUGUCCAGGCAUCCUCUCAGAGGCCAUGUAAUGGGAUCUACAGCAGUGAGUAUCAGAAGGACGCUCCACAGUCAUCCGUUUUUCAGCCCAGGGCUCAAGGGGCCUUGUUACAGCCAGACAGGCUGAAAGAACACGUUUACUCACAGAGAAACCCCUCCCAUGCUGCACAUCUGAGGCAGGCAGACGAGCACCCUGACAGGCAGCCUGCAGCUGAGGAUAGGCCAGCGGUGACUCACUCACACAACACUUUCACACCGAGCAACUACCACCCUCACACCCCACACAGACCCCUCUCCGGCAUGGCACGCGGCUACGCUUGCUCACUGUGUGGAAAGACGUUCAGCCGGCUGCACCAGUUCAAGCUGCACCAGCAAAGCCACAAGAGGAAGCGAGCGUUCUGGUGCACGGUGUGUGGGAAGAGCUUCCAGUGUUCUUCCCACCUCAGCAUACACCACCGGACACACACGGGCGAGAAGCCGUACGGUUGCGGACAGUGUGGGAAGAGGUUCACGCAGCAGAGCAGCCUGAGGGUCCACCAGCGCACUCACAGCGGGGAACGGCCUUACAGCUGUUCGCAGUGCGGGAAGACCUUCAUCCUGAUGCACCACUUGAAACGGCACAGAAUCAUCCACACAUACAGCUGAGGCGACGUGUCGCCCAGGUGAAAGGACACAAAUGACCUUCAAAACCAAAUCAACCAGCCAGUGAAUGGUGGAUUGUUUUGGUUGGGAUUUGUCGCCUUGAGGCACUGCUCACAGACUUUGUAUAUUCAUGCAUAUUUUACUAUGCAAAAUCCAUCUGGAUGGAUUUGAAGAUGUUUGUUUCUUUUUUUAAAUACUUAUCAUAAUUCUGAAAAUCAAAUGAACAGAAUUCACACAGGUCAGUAAGCUAGAGAUCCAAAAACAAGCAGAUCUAAAAUGUGGAGUCAUCAACCAAAAGCCUGCAGCUUCUUCUUAGAGUUACCUGCAUACAUACGUACACACCUUCACCGAGUGACACAGUCUGUUUCGCUGCUCAUGUAAAAAGUGUUUCAGUGAAACGGCAUCAUAUUAUAGAUGUUAAACUGCAUUUCGUUGCCUUGUACUUGUACAUGGGUAAUGACAAUAAAGUUGAAUCUAAUCUAAUCAUAUUACAUUAAUUCAUUCCAGCAGUGAAGCUGUAGAACCACAAGAUGCUUAUUCCCAUAAACUGUCCCCGUUACAGCGACAAGUGGGUUUUUCCAUUCAAAGCCAUUGAAGCACCUCUCAGGUUUAUGUUUUGAGUCAGCAUUGGUAAAAAAUGUGCCUGACUGUUGUUCUGAGAUUAAUUUUUCAUCAUAAUUCUCCUGAAAUCUCUUGC